AAGUGAACACAGAGCAGAGCAAACCUGUACAAUGGAAUGUAUUCAUAUUCAGAUGUCUGUGCUACUCGUCCUCCUCUUCAACCCAACAUCAUGCUACGCUUUUUCUCCCAGUGACCCAAUGAUUUGCUACAUCCUGGAUGGGGUCCUCAUCAUUUACUGCAUUGUAGCAACAGCCUUGUUCUUCAGAGAAAAGCUUUGCCGUGAAGUUCCAAAUGUCGUGGUGUCUGACCCCAGUGGUGGAAUUUACCAGGAGCUUGGGGAGUCAAAAAAUACAGAUCCUUAUGAAAUGCUUCAACCAUCCAAAAAGAGAAGGCAAAAGAAGAGAAAAAUAACUGAGCCCUGACAGACUGACAGAGGGGCGGCGGCCAAGUCUGUUCCGGGGACCUCCACAUCAGCUCUUCGUCCUUGACACAAAAAUUACUCACCAAAAUCAAAAAACAUCACAGUAUUUGUAAUGUCGUCUGAAAUGCAUAUGUCCUUACAUCUAGAGUUUAGGUUGCUCUAUGUGCUGUCCUUCAAAACUCUAUGACAU